AUGUCCAGUACAAGGCCUGAUCUUAAGUUUACGGAUAAUCUGGAUGAACGUCUGUAUUUCAGAAAGUAUAACCAACUUCCUCCAAAAGAUGUGAAUACCAUUAGAGUUAUUGAUCACAACAAUAAGGAUUAUUUCACAGUAUUAGAUUCUGACGCUGAUUUAAUUGCUGACAAUAUCUAUAGAACUCAAUCAGUUAUUAAAUUCAACAAUAAAAACAAAUAUGUCACAAUAUCCUAUCAAGUUUUCAUCAAUGAUGUUUUAAAAUUUUGUUUGAUUGAUAAACAUUUAAAAGUGGAAAUUUAUAACAAUAAAACUUUUCAAUUAAUCACAACUGCAACUGCUGGUAAUUUGGAUAAUAUUUCUCAGGAAUAUGGUGUCAAUCUUGAAUUUCAGGAUUAUUCAAGUUCUAUUAUUGCUGGGGUGAAAUUUCAACAAACAGGUAUCAAUAAGAAAGUUGGUGUAUGUUUGAUUGAUAUCCUGAACUCAUCUAUUCAAGUUUCCGAAUUUGAUGAUAAUGAAUUAUAUUCGAAUUUGGAAAGUUUAUUGUUACAAUUAGGGGUUAAAGAAGUUGUCUUACCGUCUAACUAUAACCCACAAGAAGAGAAUGCUGAUAUGAUUAAAUUGUUUCAAGUCUUAGAUAGAAUUGGAAAUAUCGUUACUAGUUCCGUCAAAUCAUCGCUUUUUAAUCAUAAAGAUAUUGAACAAGAUUUAUCUAAAUUAAUCACCAACGAAGUGGAUGAUAAUGUUGGUGAACAACAGGGUGAAGUAAAUGUUGCUUUAGUAUUAGCAUCUAAGGGGAUCAGCACUACAGAGUUUCCAAUCUCUUUAGCUUGCUGUAAUGCAUUAGUUGCUUAUUUGGAUUUGCUUGGAGAAGAUGCUAAUAAAACCUUCUCAAUUGAACAAUAUAAUUUGACUUCAUACAUGAAAUUGGAUUCUUCCACCAUGAGAGCAUUAAACAUCUUCCCACAGACACCUAGUGGACCAAUGGGAUUCAAUAAACUGAAAAAUGUAAGUUCAAUCUUUGAAUUAUUAAAUGAUUGUAAAACUGCCGCCGGGUCAAGAUUAUUGUCUCAAUGGCUAAAACAACCAUUAACUAAUCUAACAAUGAUUGAAGAACGUCAAGCAUUGGUCAAUCUUUUGAUGGAUAAUACUACCCUAAGGGUAUUCACAUCUAACGAAUUCUUGUCUCGGAUUCCUGAUAUAAAGAGAUUAGUGAAGAAAGUGGCCACAAACAUUAACAAAACUACAGGAAACGAGAACAAAAAAUUGGAAGAUGUUGUCUCAUUAUAUCAGAUUGUAUUAGCUUUACCUGAUGUCAUUGAUGUUUUAUCAAAUACAAUUGAGGGAAUGAAAGGCGAGGAGAAUCAAGCCCAGAUUAUUACUCAGAUUGAAAAGUAUUGGUUAGCUCCAAUUCAAAAGAGUUAUGAAUCGUUACGAAAAUUUCAAGAGUUAGUGGAGACUACAGUAGAUCUUUCUCCAUUGGAAUCCUCUUCUGCUCAUGAUAUCUUGCACAACGAUUAUAACAUAAGACCUGAAUUUGACGAAUCAUUAGUUGAAAUCAAUGAAAGGAUACAAAAUAGUUUAUCAGAAAUUAAACAAUUGCAUAUUGAUGUUGCUGACGAUUUGAAUAUGGAAUUAGACAAGAAGUUGAAGUUGGAAAAGCAUAUUCAACAUGGUUGGUGUUUCCGAGUAACUAGAAAUGACUCAGUUGUCUUGAGAAAUAAAGGAAAGAAAUAUAAUGAACUUCAAACCGUGAAAGCCGGUGUUUAUUUUACUUGUAGAGAAUUAUCACAAGUAUCUCAAACUUAUUUAGAUGCAUUUGGUGAAUACAACAAGAAACAAAGGGAACUUAUCAAAGAAGUAUUGGCAAUCACAUUGACUUAUCAACUGGUAUUUCAAAGUAACUCAAAUACAGAACGAGUAAACCUACAGAACCGAAGAAAACGGUUACAUGCCAUUCUUGCUCCCACAUCGUUUGUGAAACCAAAAUUAUAUCCAUUGAGUGAUUCAAUAGACAGUGUGGAAUUCAAGCAAAGAAAGCUUAAAUUGGAAGACGCCAGACACCCAGUUUUGGAAGUUCAAGAUGAUAUCAACUUCAUUGCCAACGAUAUUUACUUAUCGAAUGAUCGCGAAGAAAAAGGAAAACCGUUCGUGAUAAUUACUGGUCCAAAUAUGGGUGGUAAGUCUACCUAUAUUAGACAAAUUGGGGUUAUUGCAUUAAUGAGCCAAAUUGGUUCAUUCAUCCCAGCAAGUGAAGACAAUUUUAUUCCAGAAAUUCCCAUUUUUGAUGCCAUUUUGUCAAGAGUAGGAGCUGGAGACUCUCAAUUGAAAGGAUUAUCGACAUUUAUGAUUGAAAUGUUAGAAACUGCAUCUAUUUUGGCAACUGCCACUCAUAAUUCCUUGAUUAUAAUCGAUGAAUUGGGGAGAGGUACCUCAACUUAUGAUGGGUUUGGGUUAGCAUGGUCUAUUCUGGAGCAUUUGAUUACUAGUAAGCAAUGCUUUGCAUUGUUUGCUACUCAUUUCCAUGAAUUGAAUCAAUUAUCGCAAAAAUAUCCCGAUAAAGUUGAAAACUUACACGUUGUAGCCCAUUUGGAAAAAGGAUCAAAUGACAAGGAAGAAGAUGACAUUACUUUGAUGUAUAAAGUUGAACCAGGCAUUUCCGAUAAAUCAUUUGGUAUCCAUGUUGCUGAAUUGGUUAAGUUCCCUACGAAGAUUAUUAACAUGGCAAAGAGAAAAGCAUCUGAAUUACAAGAAGAAAAGCAAGAUGAUCCCGAUGUAUAUAUUCAAUCGAAACGAACGAAAUGUUCGCCAGAAGAAAUUGGAGUUGGAAUUGAGAAAUUGAAGGCAAUACUAAAGAAAUGGAAAUCCGAAUGUUAUGACGGUUCGAAAUGCAAAUAUGACAGCCAAACAUCAGUUUCUAGAUUGCGGGAAAUUCUUGUACAAGAGCUGGAAUCAGUUCAAUCUGAUAAAUUGAUCGCAGAAAUUACCAGUUUGCUUUAA